AUGGUCCUGCUUACUAUGACUCCCGGCAUCGUCCGGGCAGUCGCAAAAGCCAAACACCUAUCCGCCGACGGAUACGCAAAACUCCAGCACGCCGACUCGCCUGCGCUGGCAGAACCCAAAGUUGGGAAUCCCAUCUCCCACAGCCAGUUGAUCGACCUAUCCAAGCUGCUCAAGAGCCAUGUCUCCAAGGAUACUCAAGACACAGAGGACGACCAAGAAACCACACCCCUAACCCUCGCCGCCCUCCUCGCCAACACAACAGUCUACAUCCCGCCCCCUCCUCCCAAACCUACCCAGACACCCGAAUACCUCGCCCUGAUGGCCCGUCUCCGCGCUGAGCAAGAAGCCCUCUCUUAUGAGCGCAUGCUGCAUCCCCCACCAACACGCGAGUCCUUCUCCCAGCGUUCCCCUCGUGCCCCAGAGCCCUUUUCACUUGGGGCAACGCAAACCACCAGUGAAGAAGACGACCUCUCCUAUGAAGAAGUGCACCGCCAGAUCAUUUUGAUCAUAAAUAUCCUUAUUUCGAUAGUCUGUGUUGCGGUCUUCAUCUGGGUUGCAGCGCGACACUGGAGUGUGGGAAGUAGAUUGGGACUGAGCAUGGGAGGGUCGUUGGGCAUUGCAGUUGCAGAAGUGGCUGUCUACAGUGGUUACGUGAGAAAGGUGCGCGAGGCAAAGAGGGUGGAGAAGAAGAAGCCCGAGAUCAAGGAGAUUGUCAAAACUUGGGUCUUGGGCGACGAAGACGGAAAAGAGGGUGACACAACGGCAUGGAAGGAGAAAGACGGGGAUGGGAUUAGGUUCAGGAAGGGUAAACAUCGCUGA